GGUAUCCCCUCCAUAUAUAAGGGCCCGAUCCGAAAUUUUCUUCCUAUUCGAUUUCACUUCUCAGUGAGGUUACAGCUCUUGAUAUUGCGAUCUUGUGUUCUGCAUAGCCGACGUUUUCCAAAGUGCACAUCCCGGACUUCAGAAUCAGUUGUCUUUUUUCUGCUUUCUGGCAUACGUAUUUUCGUUAGUGCACUGUGCUCUGUGCUGUUCGUGAGAUUCAAAGACUUGAGAAACGUUUCCCAAAAAUCUACUUGUUUGUUGAUUUCCCUGGCGUUUUGUGCUGCUGUUUACCAUCCAGCAACCAUGCCGGUGUUGAAGGAAGCCAAGUACAGAGUCCUGAACAAAGACGCGUUGGAGAUUUUGGACAUGGAACAGAUGGAACUUCUGGCCGACAGAGGCAACUGGGAGGUGAUCGUAGCGGCGAGAGCUCGACAACCGAAGGUGAAAAGGGUUCUGAAGAAGUUCUUGUUGUUUGAGGAUGAUGACCAUACCUCGAGGAUGUGGAAAUGGUCCUCCUUUAAACACGAGCUGUCCUUCUUGCAAUCCCUGGAGCACCAUAACAUCGUCAGGGUGUUGGCUGCUUUUCAGUGCCCGUCCUAUUUGGGUAUUGCGAUGGGGUAUCAUCCCACGGAUCUUUCCCGUGGACUGCUUGACGUGACCUACUCCGAGGCGGAAUCCUACACAAGUCAGCUCACGGACGUCAUGUGCUACUUACACGGUCAGCGCAUCAUUCACGGAGAUCUCAAGCUAGGGAACGUUCUCCUAGACAGAGCCGGCGUGGUCAAACUCUGUGACUUCGGUCACUCUCAGGUCAUUCCCCAGGAUACAGACAAGCCCAACGGGUGGGGAGGCACCAACGGUUAUCUGCCACCAGAGUUAUACGACAGCCAAGUUCACAACGCCUUCAAGAUGGACAACUACUCCCUGGGCAUCUUGCUGUGGGCUUUGUUCUUCGGGACUGCUCCUUGCGACAACAUUGAUUAUCUGAACGAAGUGGACAACGGUUGGUUUCUCAAGCCACAACACACGCACUGUCUUCAGCGGCUUCUGACUCUAACCCCUACACUCCGAGCACACAUUUGGGAGAUUGCUGGGAUUCUCAAGGACGAGGAUACAUCAGAACGUUGCGUGAGGAAGGGCUCUGUGUGUUCUCUGAGCUCCGAGAGUUCUUCGGACUCUGCUCAAGCGAACCAGUCAUCUCCAGACAACGGUUCUUCUGUAACGGAACGUCCAGAGAAAGCGGCCGUGUGGAACCAGUUCCUUGCCCCACCACCCCCACACCCCCAGGCCACAUCCUGCUACCUUCUUCCUCAAACGGCAUAUCCUGACAGUGGAGACGUCACAACCAGCCUGGCUCCGACUUGGCCGCCUCUUUACAAAGACCUUUGA